GCCAUGUACGCUGCUGCCGUCGCCGCCGCCUCGCCGCCCAGGCGGGACUUCAUCUCCGUCACUCUUAGCCCGGAGGAGGCGGUGGGCGCCGGCGGCUAUAACAACAGCAAAGCCUGGAGGCGGCGCUCCUGCUGGCGGAAAUGGAAGCAGCUGUCUCGACUACAGCGGAGCAUAAUUCUCUUCCUGUUUGCCUUCUUGAUGGUCUGCGGAGUCAUUUCAUAUACAAGUGUGGGGGAACCUUGGAAAAGUUUAACAAACAAAUCAUCAGAUGAGCACAGAACAGAACCAGAUACACCUGGAUUAAAGCUGGCAAAUCCAGCUGUCCUGCCAGCGCCCCAGAAGGCAGAUGCCAACGCUGGAGACUACCCAGAGCUUUUACCUCAGAAGAAGCCAAAAUUGCCACAUGGUCGGCGUAAUCCUUCCAAUCUUCAGAUCAAGCCCCCAUGGAGGGAUGCGAGGCUGCAAACCCGACAUGACACCAGCAAGGCUGUAGAAGAGCCAGUCCAGGCUGAUAAACAAGAGAAAACUGAGAAAUCUGUUAUCAGCUGGAGAGGAGCAGUGAUAGAACCUGACCAAAGCAGUGAGCCUCCAUCUAGUAAAGUAAAGGAACCAGAAAAACCCUCAUCUGUGGAAGGUGAAAGCCAGAAAGAACCAGUGCCCAUAAACGAACGUCAGAUGGCUGUGAUAGAAGCGUUCCGCCACGCGUGGAAAGGAUACAAAGAUUUUGCCUGGGGCCAUGACGAACUGAAGCCAUUGUCCAAGUCUUACAGUGAGUGGUUUGGACUUGGACUUACCUUGAUUGAUGCCUUGGAUACUAUGUGGAUUUUAGGCCUGAAAGAAGAGUUCGAAGAAGCAAGAAAAUGGGUAGCAAAUGAUUUAGCCUUUGAUAAAAAUGUGGAUGUGAACCUGUUUGAGAGCACUAUUCGUAUCCUGGGUGGCUUGCUGAGCACCUACCAUCUCUCUGGAGAUAGCCUCUUCCUGGAAAAAGCUAAAGACAUUGGGAAUAGGCUUAUGCCAGCAUUCAAGACUCCUUCCAAAAUUCCAUAUUCUGAUGUCAACAUUGGCCGGGGCACCGCACAUCCACCUCGCUGGACAUCUGACAGCACUGUGGCAGAGGUGACCAGUAUUCAGCUGGAGUUCAGAGAGCUCUCUCGUCUCACUGGGGAUGACAAAUACAGGAAAGCUGUUGAUGAGGUGAUGAAGCAUGUUCACACCCUUUCAGGGAAAAAUGAUGGACUGGUGCCUAUGUUCAUAAACACCAACAGUGGGCAGUUCACUCACUUAGGCGUCUAUACUCUGGGAGCUAGAGCUGACAGCUACUACGAGUAUUUGCUCAAACAGUGGAUUCAGGGUGCGAAAACAGAAAAUGAACUGUUGGAGGACUAUAUGAGAGCCAUAGAAGGCGUGAAAAAACAUCUUCUUCAGAGAUCACAACCCAAGAAGCUUACCUUUGUAGGAGAGCUUGCUCAUGGUCAUUUCAGUGCCAAGAUGGAUCACUUGGUUUGUUUUCUGCCUGGGACUUUGGCUCUGGGAGCUCACAAUGGAUUGACUGCCGAUCAUAUGAAGCUGGCCGAAGCCCUGAUAGAAACGUGUUACCAAAUGUAUGCACAAGUAGAGACGGGCCUGAGUCCAGAGAUCGUGCACUUCAAUCUCCAUGCACAAAAGGGCCACAAAGAUGUAGAAAUCAAGCCUGCAGACAGGCACAACUUACUGCGACCAGAAGCUGUGGAAAGCCUUUUUUAUAUGUACAGAUUCACCGGAGAUAAGAAAUACCAAGACUGGGGCUGGGAAAUCUUGCAGAACUUCAAUAAAUACACACGGGUUCCUACAGGUGGUUACACUUCUAUUAACAACGUACAGAAUCCCAGUAACCCAGAGCCACGAGAUAAGAUGGAGAGCUUCUUUCUCGGGGAAACGCUCAAAUACAUGUUUCUACUGUUUUCAGAUGACAUAGACUUAAUUAAUCUUGACAAAUACGUAUUUAACACAGAAGCUCACCCACUCCCCAUCUGGGUGCCGGCAUAGGCUGGAUCUCAGUAGACCUUCCAGUGGUGGCGUUUUUAUCUUCAGGUCGCUUUACUUUUCAGGGUGUGAGGAGAGAUGCUAUAUGACACCUUUUCUGGCUUAAAGAAAACCUUUGAGAAGGUGUCUCUCAUUUGGAGAUGUCAUGUCAGUCUUAAAUCUAAUCCCUGUGCUUUGGUUCUGGGAUGAAAAAACUGUGCAAUAUUAAGCUGCUUUUCCUGGUAUUGAUGGUGAGGUUUGGAGAAUAAUCAUAGUGUGGACCAUGACACUUACAGGGCUCUGGUGAAUCAGGACUCCUUUUGUCAGUCUUAUUAAACACUAAUUAAAUACCAGGAAUGCAGAAAGUUGUCUUAAAGCACAGGAGUGUCUGGAGAGAAGGAAUAAGCCAACAGGUUUCUGGUUUAUUCCCAACAUACUGAAACACCUGGUUAUGGCACCACUUCUUCAUAAGAGCAUGUGGUGUUUCAGAUGGGAAGUGGAAUAAACAAUGAAUGCAAUGUUGUCCCAGGUAGAAGUAAAGCUGUCAGUGUUGUUACUGAUAGUCAGAUCUCAUUCCAAACGACCAAGGUAUGCUGCACUGUGUUAGAAGGAGGAAGUGGCAGCAAAGCGUCUGUUGUACAGUGUCUUAUUUUUAUAGAGCACUUUGAAUGAUCUGUUCAAGAGGUGGAUGAAAUGAAUGAUGGGAGACAAUUUGCUGCUGGUUUGGCUCGAAGUGGUAUAUAAUUUUGUAGACGUAUUGCAGUUUUUUAACUUAUCUGCAGGAAGGCAGGAGACAAUGUGAAAAAAAGUGAAUACACAUGCAUUUUAUGUAUUAAUUGUAUCAGUUAGACUCAGGUAUUCUGACUGAAAGCUGCUUUGUGAGGUUGGGCACUGGGAAAGCUUGUGAGCACAUUAGGUAUAAUUCCCUGUCAGCCUCCUCCCAUCCCUUCCUGUUCACAUCUUGCAUUGUUUGUUGAUUCAGCAGGCUUAGAACUGUAUAGCAAAAUUCAUGUUAUUCAUCAAUUUUUGGAUGGUAGAGAAGUUGUCAGGUUUUUUUUUUUUUUUUUUUUGGUAGGAGUACUUUGGGUAGAAGUAUUUUCAUGAGGAGCGUUAAAGGCAGACAGUCUACAUGGGUUAAUGACAAUUUCUGGUCCCAGUAGAAUUACUGAAAUCUGUUCAGUUUGAAAAGAAAGUGGAGCUAGGCUUGCUUUUUAAACAAUCCUAUGGGAGCCUUUAGACCUUUUGUUUUUACAUGUGCAGAUUGAUUUCCAAAUUCAUGGUUUAAAACCUGUGUUCUUCUGUUUCAGCUUCCUGUAGCUUUCUACCUUCUGAUUUUGUAGCUGUAUGGACAGAAGUCUCAGAAACGUACUUGUUUGUAUUUUUUUUAAAGAAGUUGUUCUUGCCAAAAUGUCCAUUUUGCUCUCUAAUUAAUUAAUGGGAGCAGUGGGAAGUAUGCAGGUGUGUGGGAGGGAGAUACAGUCCCCUCAUAAUCUAGGGAUGCAAAACAGAACUAAUCUAAUCUGACCCCAGUGGUUAAUUUCCAGCAGUUUCAGUGUAUGUGUGUUUUACAAUCUUUGUAACCUUUGAUUUGUAAAGUAAAAUACUGCUUUGUUGUAUGCUGACCAGUUCUGUUUACUGGAUUCAGAACUUACCCAUUGGACCACUCUUUAAGUCCUUUAAAGAACAUUUAUCAUUCCAUGUAGUAACAAUGGCUUCUGGAAAUGGAGAAGUGGUACAAAUUACAUGAAUGCACCUUUUUUUCUGUCAGCAGAAGGACCCUGAGAUUUCCUAGACAGCACAAGCCUGUGCAGAAGGUUCACAUUCCUCCUGCUCAAAGGACAGCAGUUAACUUUGGAAGUAGAUGUUGCUCAGCCCUGUGCCUUCUGCUGAAGCUAGGAGUGGUCCCUGAAUUGCAGAUUUUGCAGUGAAGGAUAAAAAUUCCAGAACUACUAUUUAACCUAUGGGGCAAACUCCACGGAGGGAAUAAAGAUAAUUCUUACGAUGUGGAAUGCAUCUAAGAGCUUGCCAAAAGUAAGUUGUUGGGAGUCCUGUACUAAUCUUAGUGUAGUUAACUCUACAAAUAAUUUUCUUUUGUCUCAUGUGUGUGAGGAUAACACAAGUCCAUUGCAGGGUGAGUGAAAGGAAGAAGAAUAAACAUGCACUUUCCCAAAUGCACUUCUUGUCUUCUGGCUGAGCUUGCUGGUCCGACUGAUUUCUGAUCUAAUCCUUCCUGGAAACUGAGUCGUCUUUGCAAAGUCUCUUUCCCAUGCACAUCCCUUAAAUGUGAAGAUUGCUCAGCUCUGUUUAGCAUAGAAAGCAAAUGUUUGACUCCUCUAUCACAUAUGAAAUGGCACAAACCUAAAUAAUCUGAUAAGAGCUCAUCUGCUUCUUCCUGCUCUUUUGCAAAGGUCGUUUAAAUUGCUUAUUUAUUUUUACCUCCUUAGCGUAAUGUGUUGUGCCAGAUCAGACUAUGAACUUUGCCCAUCUUGCUUCUCCUAUACACUUCUCCAUGCUGCCCUCCCCAGAGCCCAACAGAAACUUUGCACACCUUUAAAUUGUUAUUUUUUCCCCGUGAUGUGGGGGUUGUAUUCUUGUGGUUCUUUGAACCAAAGCCUUAACUUUGGGGUCUGUAAUCCAUUUUGGUGUUUCGACAUUGUGGUGUGCUUCUGGUGAUCAGGUUGAAUGUUGGGGAAAAGUUAUUACUUCAAGCCAAGAUUUUGUCCUUUUGCACAAAGAGCUGCCUUGGUUUCACUCCAAGAGCUUGAGUGCCUUGUCUAAUUGAAAUAAAGCAAAAAAGCCCAGCUCUUCCCAGCUGUACUGCUCAUUUAUGCUUUCACUGAGAAAUGGAUGGGGUAAGACAGCCAUAGAGAACCCCAGAUGCAGGGCUGGAAGCAUCCCACCUGGGAUUUAAUCUGUUUGCUCAAAGAAAAUUCAAUGUAUGGAUGCGGGCACAUUUAGCAUCUAAUCUGUUCAACCUUCUUGAGAACGGAACUUUCCAUACCAGGCAUGGAAACUGGUAGUUUGGCAAAGUCCAUCGUAUUGGCUUACAGGGCGCUUCCAUGUUUCAUGCAGCUUUCUGAUCGCGAGAUUCUCAGCGUUACAUACCAAGCUCAAACACAGCGGCAUUCGCACCUCCAAAUACUAUAGUAGCAAUCAGCUUUCUUUCCUAUUCCAUAGCAUGAUGUUUCAGAAAUAAGGGAUGCAUAAAGGAUUUCUUGCAGCUGCUAUGUUUGAACAAUUUGUGGCAGAUCUUCUGCUCUUGAAGACUUUUAAAAUUAUUAUUCUUUCGCUUCAACUGUUUAUCCCUUUGCCAUAGCAUUUCAAAGUCUUUAGUAUUUGUUCUUCCAUAUAUAUAUAACGCUUGAUGUGCAUCCCUCACACUGUGGAUUCCUUUGGGGCAAGUACUGUCUGCAGGAGGAAACUGAGGGGUUCAUACAGUGCAUUGUAAGAACUAAAGUUGUAUCCCUCUGGAAUGUCAGAAGACAACUUGGGAACCUGUUAAUGGAAAGGCACAAAGCAAGCAGCUGUCCAAAGGAGGGGUAAACUGCUGACUGCUAUCUGAAAGACUUAUACUGAACUUGGCUGCUUUAAUGCAUUGCUGGCUUGGUUUAGAGUGCCUGCUUGCUAGGAGCUGCAGUAACGCAGGGACAAAGGCAAUAUAAGUGCACAAGUUGGGGUCUUUGUGCAUGGAGGGAGAAUGCCAGAGUCCAGCUCACUGCGGCUGGAGGUGGCAGAGCUGUAUGAGCCAUAGUUUCACCAAGACAAUCUGAGGCCUGAAUUCAGUGUGAGCCAAAGGCAUGCUGACAGAUCUUAGCAGAGGUAGGCAGGCUUUCCUACAGCACGUAUGAGGGGAAAAAAAUGUCUUACUGAGGAUGUAGUUCUAUUAACAGUCUUAAAGCCUCUUCCUUUGGGGCUGGAGCUUGCUAAUCGGGUCUUCCGUAUGUUCUUCAUCUGUAAAUAUCUGAUUAAUUUGAUGAAUACACCAUCUGUUCCUGUUCUUCCUCUCCGCGCUCCGCCAUGAGGAGCACAGGGCAGAAGCUUUGUCCUUUUGAGUUUAAGAACAGGGAAGAGGUACGAUGGUAAUAGGCAAAAAAACAAAAAACAAAAAACACCAAAAAAACAACAACCCAAAACAACAGCAACAACAACAACAAAAAAAACAUCAACCUUAUAUCAGCACCUGAGUUUUGUGAAGUAACAUCAGUGACCGACAGUGUGACUCUGGGAACCAGUGUACUGUGACAGCAGGGAUGAUGUGGUAGUGCAAAUAUUUGUGUUUAAGCCAUGCAAUUUAAGCUGGAGCAAUUCAGUGACUUUGUGUAAGCAAUGCAAGCCUGUGGUGACCGGUGAGGCUUCUCCUCUAACUCAUAAAAGCAUUGUGAACUGAUGAAAUGAGGCAUCCAACUGAUUACCAAAACGUUUUUUUACAGUUCUACUGGUAUUUAUUGGUAUGGAGUACAUUGAGUAGGUGAGAAUCUACCUGUUGAAGUGUAGAGAUGGUUUGCUCCACUUUGAAAAAUCAAAACAAUCCUUCUUUGUCCUCUUUGGUUAUACUUACCGAGUCAUGAAACUGUCACACACUUAAUAAACUUCUUAUUUAUUUUAAAGAGCU